AUGAGACACCGCGACCUCGGCCCAGAGCAGGAGAAGGAACAGGGGGGUAGACUGAGGGAAAAAUCAAAGAGAAUGCUGAAACUCAUAGAAGAGACGCCCCCACACUUCUCCGUGUACGACAUGUGGCAACUCGACGCUAAUGUUUUGCUACAGAUGUUCAUGCUGGUCACGGGCCUUAUUGUCACACAAAUGCAAUUUGCUUUUUUGUAA